UACAUAACAUUACACCCCUUGAUCUAUCAUCCUGUCAUUGAUAGCAAUAAUUGACAACUCAUUGACACUGUUAUCAUCACAUACAAAACAACAGAUACAUAUAUAAACAACACCCACUGACACACACUCACUCAUACGAGAACCGAGUCCACCGAGUCUUAUGGCGGAUGAUAAUAACUCAUAAAAUUUCAAUUAUUAUAAUAACAAUUGUUAAAUUCAUAAUUUUAUAUCAUAAUCAUGGAAGAAGUUGACAAUAUAAUAAUUCAUUCGUUACGACAAAUUGGCUGUGAUAUUGAUGAUUGUACUACAAAUUUAGGAUCUUUUAAUACUGAACUUGUUGUUGAUGCAGCUGUUAGAUGUUUAGAAAUAAUACGUCCAGGUAUUGGAAUAUCCAGAGUACUACCUAUUAACAUGGCAGCAAGAUUUAGACUUGGUGCAACACUUGCACAAACAUGUUCGGAUCUUGGAUACAGAGGUGAUAUUGGCUAUCAAACAUUUCUCUACUCAUCUGAAAUAGAUUUAAGAAAAGUAUUCAUUUUUUUAAUUGAAAAAUUACCAAAAGAAAGUGAUAAAGAAAUAAAUGAACCAAUUAGUAAAAUUGAUGAACUUGAAAAACAAGUUAAUAAUAUAAUGUCAAAUGAAUUAUCAUGUUCAUGGUUACCUCAUAAUAGUCAUAAUAAAAAAACUGGAUUUAUAAAAAUGCCUUAUAAAAGUUAUGAUAUUGAUUUGCCAUCAACAAGUACUGAUUUACAUUUUCAAGAAUAUUAUGAAAAAUAUCAAUUACAAGUGCCUGAACAAUUGAUUAAACCUGAUUAUUUAUUACCAUCAAUUAUAUCAAAAUGUUCAAGAGAUAAAUAUGGAAAACCAACAGAUAUUAUUGAAAGACUAGAGUGGAUUAAUUCACAAGCAAUACAACAUACAUCAUCAUAUGUUAAUAAUCAAGAAGACAAAACAAUGAGUAGAUUUACUUUGAAUGAAAGAUUACAAUCAUCAGAAAAAUCAAGUUUUGAUGAAGAAACAAAAACACCAGAAUUAAUUAAUAAACAAAAAUCAACAACAGAAGAACGACAAAAUCAAGAAAUUGAUAGAAUAAAGCUAAAUUGUGAAAAAUUAAAAUCUGAAAUUGAAAUAAUUCAAAAUGAUAUGAAAAAAUUAUCAAAUCAAAUGACACAAUUAAAUGCAAAACAAAUUGAAGAAGAAAAAAAAUUAGAAUUAAGAGAUGAAGAAAAAAAAAAUAAAGCAAGAACAUAUGAUCUUCUUGAAGAUGGUGAAAAUAAUUUUAAAAAACUUGAAACAAUUAUUGAUGCUGGAAAAAAAAAAUUAAUUAAUCUUGCAAAUCAAUGGGAAAAACAUCGAGCACCUUUGAUACAAAAAUACAGAGAUGAAAGAGAAAAAUAUUCAGCAAAAGCAAGUACAAGUAAAAAAAAAAUAGAUCAAUUACGUCAACUUCGUGAAAAAGAAAAAGAAUUGAUAGAAGAAUGUAAACUAAAAGAUCAUCAAUAUACUCAAUUAGUUGCUGAAGUACAAAAGCUUCCAAAUGAAACAAAUCGUUCAGCUUAUACACAAAGAAUAUUAGAAAUAAUAAAUAAUGUUAGAAAACAAUGUGAUGAAAUAGAUAAAGUACUUGGUGAUACACGAGAAAUUCAAAAAGAAAUAAAUAUGUUAACAGGAAAAUUAGAAAGAUCAUUUACUGUUGUUGAUGAACUUAUAUUUAGAAAUGCUAAAACAAAUGAAGCUUCAAAACGUGCAUAUAAAUUAUUAGCAACCUUACAUUCUGAUUGUAGUGAACUUGUAACACUUGUUGAAGAAACUGGUACAACUUGCAGAGAAAUACGUGAUCUCGAAGAACAGAUUGAUUCAGAAUCAACAAAAAAUGUUGAAGCAAAUUUAGAACGUAUAACUGCUGACUUAAAACAAAUGAGACAAGAGACUGCUUCAUUAACAACUCAACUUGCCACAAAAAAUUAUUGAUUUUGAUAUUAUCCAUUAAUAUAUUUUAUAAAUAUUUUUUUACAAUUAUAUUUUAUAAAAAUUUUGUUAUACUUUGGAAAUCCAGAAAUUUUCUAUCUAGCCAGAAUUUUUUAAGAAAUAGCUCAGUAACAAAUGUUAAAUAAAUAAAAUGAAAAAAUUUUAAAAAACAAAAAUGCCAUAAAUAUUGGAGUAACAAAAAAAAAAAGUUGUAAAUAAAUAAUAUAAAAAAUAAAAAAUAACUUACCAAUAAUUGCAAUAAAAAAAAAAAAAAUUAUUUAUA